GCCUCCAGUGGACUUAUGCAUACGUUAAUUUUAUGGAUUUUUUUUCUGUUUUUAUGUUGUGGGUAAAACCUGAAUAUGAAGAGUGGGGUCAAUAGAAAUUAGAUAUAUAUACUGUUGACUGCUGAUAUAGUAUUUCAGUGUACUUAAAUAAUAAAUGUUCAUGAGCAGAAUUGGAGUGGAUUAUGUGUAGCGAAAAGAAAUUGUAAUGAAUGGAUGGAUCUCGCAUGUGCUUGUGCUUGAUCGCUAUUUUCUUUGUGAUUAUGAAUGAAUGCACUUGCCACGAAUCAAUAUAAAGAUCGUGAAAUUAUUUACUGAUACAACACAGUGCCGUAAGUGUGUUUGUUGAGAGACAUCGCUUGACAUUCAUUGUGAUUAUUUUUCGUGUUCUUUACAUUAGUUACAGUGUUCAGUGGAUAUUGAAGAGUUAAAAUUUUCGGCAUUCCGGAUAUAAUUUCGUUUAGACACGUUCGAUAAUUCCAUGUACAUGUUUUAGGUCAAUUCACGGUUUCAUGAGUACCGAUAAAAGUCUACCCAAUGGUAACGCGACACCGCUACUCAUAAAUGGAGACGGCAGAGCCUCAGUUCAUAAGAUUGGGCUCGGCGGUCGGCAUGGCCCGUCCAAUACUGCAGACGACAGUCUCGCAUCGGAAGGUCGCUGUUCCGCCUGUCUGAGGCGCGUGAGCGGGGGCAUUGUCGAUUGGUUGGAGAACUGUUUCUACAGAUUAGGUAAAUUAGUGGCGCGUAACCCCUGGAAGUUUCUUGUCACGUGCGUUGUCGUGUGCGGCGUGGCGGGAAUCGGGCUGACCAAGUGGCACGAGGAAACUGAGUACGUCAAGGUGUGGCUACCACGGGGUUCCCGGAUGUACGAAGAACACGAAUGGGUGAUGAAGAACUUUCCAGAGAGUAUCCGCUACGAGGCGAUUAUAAUUCAGGACGAGAAUGUCCUCUCGCCCCAGUCAGUAAAUGCUAUUUUUGACAUUUAUCAACGUGCCAAACAAUUCGCCAUCAUCAACAACAGCUCAUUGGAAGAAAUAUGUAUAAAAACGGGCCCGGUGUGUCGGGUUAACAGUAUAUUAGAGUUAUGGGCCUACAACGAAACUGUGAUCAGGGCUCUAACGUCGCCAGAUAUCUUAAAUAUCAUCAACCAACCAAUCAUUGUAAGCCCUCUGUAUCGUAAUACCAUAAAUAUAGACAAGAUCUUAGGUGAUAUACAGCGUGACAACAACAGUUACGUCAUCGGUGCGCGCGCAACUACCAUGUUUUGGUACCUUAAGAAAAACGAUUCAUGUAAGGCAGAGGCGUUAGACUGGGAGAAACGCCUGAUUGAACUCAUUAACGAACAUGGUCACCGGGACCUGGAUGACAUGUACAUCUACACAGCACGAACAUUUGAUGACGAAGCUAUUGGUGCGUUGGCAACUGACUUAAAUCGCUUGUCGAUUGGGUUCUGUCUGGUUUUCAUUUACCUCGCAUUUACUGUCAGUAAAUAUAGCUGUAUAGAGCAAAAGGUAUUCUUGGCCAUCGCAGGCCUCCUUAGCAUCGGCAUGGCCAUCGUGUUCACGUACGGAGUCGGCUUUGCCACGGGCAUCAUGUUCGGACCCAUACACCAGAUCACGCCUUUUAUGCUCCUUGGUAUCGGCGUGGAUGACAUGUUCGUGAUCAUGGAGUCCAUACGGCAGCUGUCACCCCAGGAGCGGGCCCUGUGUGUUGAGGAGAGGAUAGGACUCGCCCUAAAGCACGCGGGAGUUUCUAUCACCGUCACCUCCAUCACCGACAUCGUGGCCUUUGCCAUUGGCGGCUCUACAGUGAUUCCAUCUCUCAGCACGUUCUGUGUGUAUGCGGCGAUUGGCGUGCUGGCCCUGUACAUUCUCCAGGCGACGUUCUUUGUGGCAUGCGUCACGUUUGAUGAGCGACGUAUCGACGCCAAGAGGAAUGCCUGUUGCAUGUGCGUCAAGCACGACGCCAAUUACAAACCAGGAAAAUAUUACAACUUCAGUAUUCAGCACGAGUUUAUGAGGCGUUUUUGGGGACCAUUCCUGACAAAGACACCGGUGAAGGCGGGAGUCAUUAUUAUUGCUGUCGGCCUGUCGGCUCUCAACAUCUGGAGUUUCCUGCGUCUCAAGCAAGAUUUCGACCCGACCAUGUACCUUCCCUCUGACUCGUACUCCCAAAAGUACGUGAAGGCUGACCGGGAGUACUUUCCGGACGACGGCGUCUUCGUCCAGCUCUAUUGCGAUCAAAUUAAUUAUAAUGAAAAUAUUGACACCUUAAGAGACAUGUACGACACGUUGAAGACAAUGAAAACCGUUCAAUCGUCGACAGUGGAUUUCUGGUUAGCGAGCUUUCUAGAAUGGCAAUCGUCCCAAGCGGGCAAGGUUAUGGUCAAUCCGCAAAUACCCGAUGUGAUGUUGAAUAUGACAUAUAAGGCGAUGGAUUUUCAAUAUAGUCCUGGACCAAAAGCCGGAACCACAGACCUCCUUCUCCAACUUCUCUAUUUCCUGACGACGGACAACGGGAGAGUCUACUGGCGGUUCCUUCGCUUUGAUAACAUGACAAAACCAACGAAAAUUCUGGCAUCAGCUCUGACAUUCCGACACAUUAAGUGCACGUCGGCGAUAUGCAACAUACAAGCGAUGGAUGAAAUGAUUGACAUGGUGGAUAAUCUGAAGUUCAAUGGUGGCGGCCAGUGUUUCGUGUACUCCAAUCCACAAUAUAUGUUCAACGAAACCAAUAAGGUGUUGAAACUUGAGCUGUACCGGAACCUAUUGCUGGCGGCAGUGUGCGUAUUCGUGGUCACCCUCAUCCUCAUCGCCAACCUCUGGACCAGCGUCCUCGUCUUCCUAUGUGUCGUCUUCACCGUGAUUGACGUUGCUGGAACCAUGCAGUUCUGGGAUAUCUCCAUCGACACCGCUUCUAGUGUGCUUCUCAUCCUGUGCGUCGGUCUGGCAGUGGACUACUCCGCGCACGUGGGUCACACGUUUAUGACACAUAUCGGCUCCAAAAAUGAGAGGACAAUGAAAACUCUGGUUCACAUUGGUCCUGCUGUAUUCAGUGGAGGUUUCAGCACAUUCCUGGCUUUCUUGCUGCUCUUCAACAGUAUCAGCUAUGGAUUCACGCUUUUCUUCAGGAUUUUUACAAGCGUAGUUAUUUUUGGGCUGUUCCACGGUCUGGUGUUUCUGCCGGUGAUCCUCAGCAUUGUGGGACCGGAGCCAUACGACAGACGCUUCCUGUCGCCCCUGGAUACCCAUCCCAACAAUAUCAAUGUUGAUAUGGACUAUGAACUACGUGUUACGAACAACCGUGAUGAUAAAAAAUUGAAUAAUAUGGAAGUAGUACCGUUAAGACCUCGAGAUGUAUCUAUGCUGGAUAUCUUCUGUAAAGAGUUUCCACGAACAGAGAAUGGACAUAUGUGCAAUUAUAGUAGAGAUAUACCGAUGGACGAUAGUGACUCGCAUGCAAACGAAUAUAUACAAAAUCCAAGGUACUCGGGCUCCUACUACGAGCAGCUCUCUACCGGGUCUCUCGUCGAGAUACCGUAUCUGGGCCCGGACUCUCCAGACAGACCCACCGCGGAACCCCGGGGAACCUGACGGCUAGAUAACACACGCGCUCAAUGAUCUCUACCAUCGGGUGAAACACUCAUGAGGGCCAACUGUUUUCUGUGUUCAAGCUGAAUACAACUGAAGGUGACAUAAACGACGGGAAAAUGCAACAAAUGUCGCAUGGGAUGAACACUUUAUGAGAUUUAUUUUAUUUAAGACAGGUGCAGUUCUGCAAAUGGAUUUGGAGCCGGUUCUAAAAUGUUUAAUUCAUUCUACGUACUUAGUAAUGUUCAAAACAAAGCAUGUACAACACCUUUUCAUUUAACUGGAUUAAUUGAUAAGCAUCAUCAACAUUCCUAAUUACUCGGUUAAAGUAACUUAGAUUAACAUUUGAGUUGUACAGUGCAAUUUUAAGCAAAUAAAUAUUUGAAUGACA